AUGCUUGAGGAGAGCCCCUUCUGUGACCGCUGCUUCUGGUCGGGCAUGCGCCGCUUCUCGAUCCCCAUCACCGUGCCCGACGAGAAUGGCGAGGUGAUGAUGUAUAACGAGAAGGACUUUUCCUUGCCUACGCAUUGCAUCCUGCAUGGCGACAACGGGGACAUUUGGAUCCCAUGCUGCUGCAACCUGCCCACUCUCAAGACGUACACGUCCGACCGCACUUACGUCGGCAAGACAAAGUACGUCUGUGACGAGUACCUGUGCGUCCCGAAGCUGCGCACCUACGACGCCAACGACAACCCGAU